UGUCGGCGGGCGCUCGGCUGGACUCGACUCCUCUGCUGCGCCCCGGCUCCCCUCAGUCCGCGGCCCGGGUCCCGGGUCCCCGGCAGGAUUGUCCUUCUCAGCUCACACAUGUUCAAGCCUUGCCAGACCCUGUUUGGGAUCCUGAUCUACCUGUAUGCCCGAAUUUUCCUGAGAUGAUAGGUCCAGAUCAGUUCCGCGGCGGCAGAAGCCUUAACACUACCCGAAGACAAUGGCCAAGAAUAAAGUAAGAGGACCGAAGUCUAGGAAUGUAUUUCACAUAGCCAGUCAGAAAAAUUUUAAGGCUAAAAACAAAGCAAAACCAGUGAUGACUAAUCUGAAGAAGAUAAACAUUGUUAAUGAUGAAAAAGUUCACAGAGUGAAUAAAGCUUUUGUAGAUAUACAAAAGGAACUUCUACAUUUCUCAAAAGGCCUUUCUCUUGAACCUCUGCAGAAACAGCUGACUCCUCCUCAGCAGUGUCAUGAAAAUGAACCAGUUAAUGUUGACGAAGCUACAAGAUUAAUGGCUCAGUUGUAAUAUACUGGUAAUGCAUUAAAUUUAAAAAAAAGAAAGAAAGAAAUGCUUUAUACAAUUUUAUUUUAAAAAUCUUGUUAAUGUACAGACAUUGGCACAUUUCAAAGACAAACUACAUCAACAGGUCUUUCCUAUAAUCUAGGAAAGUGGAAUGUCAGAAGUCAACAAAGUGUGAUAAACUUAAAGUGCUAAAACAGAAGGCACUUCACAAAAUCUGUUCACUGAAAACAGUUAACAUCUAUCCUAGUUUACAACCUUCAAAUUACAAGUGGCAGUGAGUGUCUGUGCAGAUAGGAGGGGACACAAUUUUGUGGCAGUAGAAAUAGAAGACAAACAAGUGAUGAGCCCUUGGCCAACUAUUUGUUUUUGAUGACCUUAACUCUACAAUUUCCCUCUUACAAAAUAAAAAGAAGAAUUCAGAAGUAAAGAAAAUAUUGAAGUCUUAAAAUAUAAUUACUUGGAAGAGGGACUUUUGGAUAUUAAGUCACAUAUACCCCUGAAGCAAUCAGAGCCCUUUGUUUUUAUGUUGAAGUUUUGUGAAGUAGAAAAGAAAGUAUUAGGGAGGAAUACUUCAGAAUCAGUGAACUACAAAGAUGUUACAUUCAUUAUUUUAAAUACUUAGUUAUUAAGUAUGCU